AUGGGCCCCGUCGCCACCACCUGCGGCCCCGUCGCCGCCACCUGCGGCCACGCCGCCGCCACCUGCGGCCCCGCCGCCACCUACGGCCCCGUCGCCGCCACCUGCGGCGCCGUCGCCGCCGCCAACGGCUUCGUCGCCAUUACGUGCGGCCCCGUCGCCGCCACCUGCGGCCCCGUCGCCGCCACCUGCGGCCCCGUCGCCGCCACCUACGGCCCCGUCGCCGUCACGGACCACUUCCUCUUAGUUUGCCCCACCACUCUCACCGUUGACCUCCUCAAGAAGGACUUCCUAGCAGUAGAGAAGGGCAUAGUCGCUGUAGGAGCCUCUCGUGGUGACCCUCGCACCCCCGUCUUUGAGGGGUGUUCCCCCUCCCCCCUCUUGCCCUCUGUUGCCUCUGUUGCUGCGGCCGACCUCGUUGGUUUCAAGUCAUACGGCGCUGCGUCUGCCCCGAGCGCGAGACGUCGCACCGGCAAGGGCAAGGGGGGCAAGGGCGCCGGAGGGGCUGGCGGGGGCGGUGGAGGUGGUGGUGGAGGCAGUGGAGGGGGUGGGUGUGGUGGUGGGAGUAGUGGGGGAGGUGGAGGUGUCGGUGGCAGCACUAGAGGCGGAGGAGGCGGCGGCGGUGGUGGAGGGAUUGGAGCAGCAACAGAGCAGUCAUGA